CUCCUUUCUCAUCCAUUCACUGGCAGGCGGUUUCUUCUCCUCAUCACCGCCGCCCGGCCACUAUUUCCGCACGGGAUUCCUCACCACUGUCGCCGCCCCUGCCGGAUCUCAUCUCAUCUCCCUUUUCACUGCCGCCGCCGGAUCCCAUCUCAUAUCCCUUUUCACUGCCGCCGCCGGAUCUCAUCUCAUCCUCACCAUUGUCGCCGGUUCGUUUCCGUUUAGAGACUCGGAUCCGAGUCUUCUUCGGGCAGCCACCACCAGAGUUCCCUCCCGGAUUCGGGAGCCAUCUUCUCCGCUCCACAGCCCUCUCCCGAUUGGGAGACGGGUUGCCGCCGGCAUUUCUAUCCACCGGAGUUCUCAGCCGAUUGGAGAUCUCCACUCGCUCAGCCACCACUACCGAGGAACUCUUCCUCGAUGGCUGCUCAUUUUGUGACUCCGCUUCCGCUGCCUCCCUCUCCUACUCACCUCCGCCUCCCUCUCUCUCCCACCGCCUCCUCCUCCCUCCCUCCUAUCCAUAACUCUUCCCCUCGGGAUCUGGUCUCAUGGACCUCAGCCAUGGCUCGCCAUGCCCGCCGCGGAUGCCUCCUCGACGCUUCCCACACCUUCGGCGCCAUGCUUUCCGCCGGCGUCGAGCCUAAUUACGUCACACUUGUCGCCCUCGUCUCCGCCUGCGCCGACUUCCCCUCUUCACCCUUUGCCCUCUCUCUCGGUCUCGCCAUACAUGCUCAGGCCCUAAAGCGCCGCCGUGGCCUCCUCCGAGGAGCUUUCUUCGGCACUGCCCUCACGAAUAUGUACGCCAAGUGCGGUAACCCACACAUCGCGCGUGAGGUGUUCGACCGAAUGCCUGUGCGGAACUCAGUUUCGUUCAACACCAUGAUCGCAGGGUAUAUGCGCAACAACAAGGUUGGCAGUGCGUUGUCGUUGUUUGACAGAAUGCCAGAGAAAGAUAAGGUUUCUUGGACCGUGGUUAUCAAUGGAUGCGUCAAAAAUGAUCUGCUCGAGGAGGCAUUGGAUUACUUCCGAGCAAUGCAGCUCCACCAGAUUGACGCAGAUUAUGUGACAAUCCUUGCGGUCAUUGCAGCUUGCACUGGUUUGGGAGCUCUGAAUCACGCCCUCUGGAUUCAUCGCUACAUCAAGAACCAUGGUUUGUCAGGUAAUAUUAGGCUGGCCAAUUCCCUCAUUGACAUGUACUCCAAGUGCGGCUGCGUAGAUUUUGCACACCAAGUGUUUGAAAGAAUAUUGGAUAGAACCCUUGUCUCAUGGAAUUCAAUGAUUGUCUGUUUUGCGGUGAAUGGUCGUAGCCGUGAGGCUAUUGAGCAUUUUGAAUUGAUGCAGAGGAAAGGAUUCGAGCCUGAUGGAGUCAGUUUUACAGGGCUGCUUACUGCUUGUAGCCAUGCUGGUUUGGUGGAUGAAGGCCUCAUGUUUUAUGAGACGUUGAAGAAGAGUUACAGUUUACAACCGACAGUUGAGCAUUAUGGUUGUUUGGUAGAUUUGCUCAGUCGAGCAGGGAGGCUUGAGGAAGCGAUGAGUGUUGUUGAGAGCAUGCCAUUCCAGCCAAAUGAAGUGAUCUUCUGCUCGCUUCUUGGUGCUUGCAGGGUGUACGGUCACAUCGAAUUGGCGGAGAGGGUAACAAAAUACAUGCUGCAGUUGGAUCCAGAAUGUGAUUCGAAUUACAUUCUUCUCUCAAAUACUUAUGCUGCAUUUGGGUGGUGGGAUGGAGCCAGUGAAAUCCGGAACAUGAUGAAGGCUAUCGGAGUGAAGAAGACACCUGGUUUCAGCAACAUUGAGAUAGAUUGUGAAAUCCAUGAGUUUGUAGCUGGAGAUAAAAGCCACCCUCAAUUUGAUAACAUUUAUGCCAUGCUAAACCUUCUUCACUGUGAGAUGGAAAUCUGUAGUUAUAACCAAAAGAGUACUAAAGUUCUUACAGAUGACUGAUUAAUUUCACGAAAUUUUGCUUGUGGUUUAUGUAUCAGAGCAACAUAGAAAGUUUGGUGGGAGUUUUGCAACUCGUCAGAGGCAUCAUAACUUUUGCAACUCAUCAGGCUGCUUGAAUUGGAAGAGUUCUAUUUUGGAGUUUGGUUGAGCUAAGAUGUAAGUCAGUCAGGUUGUUUGGUGUGAUUCCAUGGCCUGCCCAACUAGAAUAGCUUCAUAAAAGGGUCUCAUUCAUAUGGUAUUGUUGCGAGGGAAAAUAUUUAAACCCAAAUUGAGCCUUUUGUAAUAUAUGCCUUAUGCGAGCCUUUUGUAAACCUGAUGAAUUAACUCAGUGUUGCACACCCAAGAAUGUCUUCUAAUAUACUUCAUCAUCAACCUUGUACACUCUUGCCUUUGAACCAACAUGGACAACUACCUUACUGUGAAAUAAUGCCCUUCUCUUCUUGACAAUUUUUGAAAUCAGAGAUUCAGAUCUGGUAGGAGCUUAAAGCAUUGAAGAUGCCACAAGUUCUAGCAUUUCAGAAAUCAGGUUUAGAGCUUCAAGAGUGCUGUUCAGGAAUUCAAAUUAGGAUUCAAGGUUAACAAGGUUUCAAAAACUUGAUGGCAAAAGAUAACUGAAUUGAUCCCUGACAUAGCUCCUGUUGUGCUGUUAGCAGCAUUCUUCUCCAAUUCUAUACAAAGCUCAUCUCUUCUCAGCUCCACUUCCUUAUUUUUGUUAUAAACUGAAUCCAAUGUUUUUGUUCCAAUCUGAAAACAUUCCCCUCGUAUAGCUUUGCACACAUCCUUCCAAAUUGGCAUACAUUUGAAACAAGAUCAGUCAUUUCUGAAACUUAGAAAAUAACUCCAAAGAAUUUCAGAAUUGGGGCUGAAUUCUGAAUUCAUCUUUAAGAAUUCAGGAAACUUCCUUUUUCUCUCCUUUCUGAAUUUAGCCAUCUUCCGGAUUCAAAUUAGAGAUACAAAUUUCAUCAAGUAACUUCAAUUAAGAGUGUUAAUGCAUGCAGCCAUACCAUUCUGAUCUUGCUGAAUUUGAGGGCCACAUGAUGAUUGAUUUGGUGCUAUCGAAUUCUGCAUGAAUUUGAUUUCUGAAUGUGUUUCUGUUGGUAACUAAUCCUCAGGCAUUCCAAUUCUGAUUUCAGAAGUCCAAAUUCAAAUCUUACAUCAACUUCAUACCAUAUUCAGAAAAAUUGAAUUCCUGCAUUGAA